AUGCUUGCUCGCAGAGACACUCGGGACGCCAUCCCCGUGAUUGUCCACCUCGACUUGGACUGCUUCUACUGUCAGGUGGAGCACCGAAGACUGGGAAUCCCGGUCAGUGAGCCUCUCGUCGUGCGCCAGUGGAACCUCGCGAUUGCCGUCAACUACGCUGCACGCCGUCUGGGCAUCAAGCGAGGCGAUCUGUGCACCGUUCUCGAAAAAAAAUUUCCUCAACUCCACAUCAUUCACGUAGAAGUGUUUCAGGUCGGCAACGAAGACACCUCUUCCUCCUCCUCCUCUUUCUCCUCUUCCUCUUCUUCCUCUUCCUCAUCUUCGUCUUCCUCUUCUUCUUCCUCUUCACCUUCUUCUUCCGGCCACAACGCAGGUGUUGUCGGCAACUCUGCGGUUGUCGAAGCUCGCGGCCUCGGAACUGGGAGGGAGGAGGGAGAACAGGGAAGGUCUCGGGAAACUGCCUCCUCUUUCGCUCCUAGAAAGGAGACGAGGACGAACGGCGCUUUUCCUGCGCAGGCAUCCUGGCGUCCCGACACAGAGAAAGUGUCUCUCGAGAGAUAUCGCCUCGCCUCCGACGAGGUCUUGUCGCUCAUUGUGGAGCAGUAUUCCUCAGUUGAGCGUGCGUCUAUUGACGAAGUGUAUCUCGACCUCUCAAUUCCGGUAGCAGACGUCCUCUCACCUUUCUUUCAAAAACUCCAAACGUCGCGAGUUGCUCUCUCUUCUUCUCUUCCGUCUUCGCAUUCUCAUUGUUCUUCUGACGCUUCACAAGCGUGUGGGCCCCCGGCAGAGAAGCCACCCGCGGAAGAUGGAGGGGCGGGGAUUGACAGAACGGAAGACAGCUGCCUCGGCUCGUCGCUUUCCUCUCUUCGACGCGAACGCCGUGCUGGUGGCCAUACUGCGGAUCUGACCCUCCAAGCCACGCUUCUGCGCGACUGGCUCGAGGGCAAAGAAAGCAAUGAAGUGCGAACCGAACUGGGCGCCUUUCUCCCUGAGCUCCUGGACGACCAGGUGUACAUACACCUCGCAGCCGUGCCACGGACGAGGCCGCCAGCGAGCCCAACGCGGCCGCUGCAGGAGGGUGCGAAGAUCCUCGGUGGAAUCGACGACGGAAACCUCCCUCCUUCUCUUGUUCCGCGUCCCUCCACUUCGUCUCCUCCGGCCUCAUCCCUUUCUUCUCGUGCUGCUCCUUCGUCUUCUUCCUCGUCUUCUUUCUCGUCUUCUCUCCCGUCUUCUUUCUCGUCUUCUUCCUCGUCUUCUUCCUCGUCUUCUUCCUCGUCUUCUUCCUCGUCUUCUUCCUCGUCUUCUCUUCCUUCUGCCUCUGGAGAAGAGGCGUCGCGGCCGCCGGCCGGCCUGGGUGGGCCUUUGCCUCCGCGGGACGUCGACUUGCUCCUCGAUUUCUGCUGGGAAAAGAACGCGCGAACGCCGGGUUUUUCUCUCGAAGAUCUGCGGCUUCUCGUUGGCGGCGUCUUGUUGCACCGUCUGCGCAAGCUGAUCAAGCAGCGCUCGCAGUUCACCGUGAGUGGCGCCGUCGCGAAAAGCAAGUUUCUGGCCAAGACGGCUUCUGCAAAGUUCAAGCCGGAUCGGCAGGUGCUCGUCCCCUCCUCGCUGGCAGACGCUUUUCUCGGGCCUCUCGAGCUCCGCUCGCUCAAGGGGUUUCGCGGGAAGCGCGGCAAGCAGGUCGCGACAGCGUUCCCAGACGCGCCGCUCGUUCGCCAGCUCCGCGCCGUUCCCUUCGAGCUGCUGGCGGCAAAACUCGGCCGCGCAGAGGCGCGGUCGCUCUCCAACAUCCUCCGGUAA